AUGCUUCCCAAAGCCAGAAGUGAAGAACUCAAAACAAUUCUGGAUCCAGAAGAGCAGCAGGGCCAGAGUGCCAUUAACAGGAAGUCACAGAUGUUGCUCUCGGGGAAAGUCAAGACAUUGUCUCUCCAACGCAAAGAAACCACGAUUUUGGCAAAGCCUGAUAAAGAAGAAACAGUUACACGCACAACUGAUGGGGGGUUCAAUAAUUUUAAUGACCAUUUGAUCGCACAGGAAAAAGGUAUGAAGAGUUUGGGCAGGCUGUCUGGCUGGAUUCAAAAGAAAAUGCCACAGGGGUUAAACUGGAGAAAAAAUCUUUCUGCUUGGAUUAAAGCAAUUGGGAUUUCUCGCUGGCUCUCAAUUCAAGCCAUAAACCAAAAACAUGGCCUAAGAAAAUCUAAGGGGAAUAUUUUCAAACAAAAGAUGGCUGUAGGAGUUGCCAGUAAAGCCAACCUGGCUAACAGGAAAAACAAGAGCUCCACUGAGGACAAAAUUGUUGAAGAGAGAGCAACCUUCCAGGGUACGGACAAGGAAGGAACAGAAGAAACAGUCCUAGGUGGGGAGAAAGUUGUAGAAGCCAGAUAUGCUGUUGUACUCCCGACGAUGAAUAAACUAAGCAAGGAAAAUAUAACAGAAGCACCUAAGGCAGAUCUUCAAACUUCUACUCCAGCAAUUCUACCAGCAGAAGCCACAACCCCAGAGCUCAGACCUCCAAAGCCAGGUGUCAAGUCUGUGCUCCCUGUCAAACCAGAUCUAAAUGUCCUAAAGGGCAUCAAGAAACCCUUGUCUGGAGGAUUAACAUUAGUUCAACAUGAGCCUAAAAGCAGUUCUGGACUCAAUGAGUCCAUCACUGAAGACAAAAACAGCAAAGGCAAUCAAGAUAGAGUCAAUGUGUUCGAAGUUGCAAGAGGGAAGGUGAACACCUCUCAAAUCAACAUAACCAAGAUGUCCUUGUCACUGGGUGGUCCAAAACAGGCCUCAGGACAAGAAGAACAAAGAGGUAGUUUAGCUUCAAUGCCCACUUCUGCCACUCAACCAUUUCCAAAUGGAGAGUCCAGUGCAGAGAGAUCAGGUGUUCGGUCUUUGUGUGAAGAAGAAGCAGACAAGGAAGUAGCUCAUCUGAUGGGUGAGGGGAGAAUAUGUUCUAUCUCCAAACCAAAGGUACAUUGGACUGGGAACCCACGGAUGAGUGGAAAGCCUCAGGUAUGGGUUACAUUUUUGUUAGUGGACUUUUAA